GAAAGGAGACGAGAGAGGCAGCGGGAGACAAACGGCUUGUUUUUUCACUCUUUUUAUUUUGUUUGUUUCGUCUCUGGAUCACCUGGAUCUCCUGGAUUACUUCUACUCUCUGCAGAACUUCUCAUAAUUGGACCCUCAGCAUCUUCCUUGCCUAUAUGUUUGCAUGUGUGCAAUAUCUGCGCUUAUACAGAUCAGAGAGCAUCCAGCUGAGAGAGACGCAGGCAGAUGAUGGAACCUGCACACCUCUCCCUUGCACUCUUCUUCCUCGUCUUCUCUCCUGCGAGUGGCCAGUGGUGGAGUUUGUUCUGGGGAAAUCCUGAAACCACCACCGUUCCUCCUUCAGUUACCUCUCCGACCGUGACUCAUCCAAGAUUUUCUGACACCCCGGGCACAACACCAGUGUGGUCAGUAAAAGUGGACGAGGUGCUGGUGAAUGCUGUGGAGGGCGUUCACACAGAAGGGUCUGUUUUGACCCCCACUCAGCCCAGCUCAGGAGUGUCACCGUCUGGUUUCACUACUGCAGAUCACUGGACGUUUCCUACAGGGAAGACUGCAGGUGGAGAUAGUAAAAGUGAGUCUUCGGACAAACCCCUGAAACACUGGAGAAAUGAGCAAGGCGCAGGAAGUUAUCUGAACCUGACGGACUUAAUUGGCUUCCCCCUCCCUCCCUCUGUGUCCUUCACUGCUGGCUUUGAGGGUCAUCCAGCCUACAAAUUUGGGUCUCAAGCCAAUGUCGGCCGACUCACCAAAACCUUUGUGCCGGGAUCGUUCUACCGGGACUUUGCUAUCAUUGUCACGGUGCGCCCAGCUAGCCAGAGAGGUGGCAUGCUCUUUGCCAUCACAGAUGCCCAACGCAAGGUGGUGAAGCUGGGUUUGGCCCUCACUCCAGUUCGCGAGGGCCUCCAGAGCAUCCUACUGUACUACACUGACCAGGAGCAGGCCUCCCACAGCCACAAAGCGGCUGCCUUUAGCGUCCCGGAUAUGACUGACCAGUGGACACGAUUCACGGUGGUGGUGGAGCAUGAUGAGGUCCGUCUCUACUUGGACUGCGGAGAGGCCGAGAGUAAGGACUUCCAUCGUAGGCCAGAGAAACUCACCUUUUCACACAAUUCAGGCAUUUUUGUAGCGAAUGCAGGAAGCACGGGGCUUGACAAGUUAAAAGGAGAGCGCGGUGAUCCUGGCCCGCCUGGCCCACCUGGUCCACCAGGUCCUCCCAGUGUAUUCAGAGAGACUAACCGUGGAACAUCUGGCCCACCAGGAUCUCCUGGGCUGCCAGGAAAAGAUGGACACAGGGGAAGCAGAGGCGAUAAAGGAGAUCCAGGCCAAAAAGGGUCUCAAGGAUUUCCAGGCUUGAACGGAGAAGUUGGAGCUAAAGGAGAGAAGGGAGACCCGGGAGCUGGUUUACCAGGCCCCCCUGGCCUUCCUGGACCCCCUGGACCCCCCAGAUCACGCAGUGUACCUUAUGGACCAGAUGCCCUGGGUUCUGGGUUUGAAGACCUGGACAGCGAUGCAGAACUCAUCCGGGGUCCUCCUGGUCCACCGGGCCCUCCGGGACCUCCUGGUCCCCCUGCACCCCACCUGUCCUCAUCUGCCACCACUGAAGGACUUUCUCCUGGGCAUGCUGGACCACCUGGUGCACCUGGCAGUGAUGGCCUUCAAGGCAGACAAGGAGUACCAGGUCCAGCAGGAAAAGCUGGUCCUCCAGGUUCACCUGGGGCUGCAGGCGAGAAGGGUGAGCAAGGCCUGCCUGGGCCUCCUGGGCCAAAGGGUGAAAGUGGGUCAGCGGGUGUCCAAGGACUUCCAGGGCCUCAAGGGCCUAUUGGUCCGGAAGGAAAGAGAGGCCUUCCAGGCCCACCAGGACCUCCUGGCCCACCAGGGCCUCCAGGAACCAAAUUCUUUGCAGAGGAUAUGGAGGGAUCUGGCAUGACUGAUCAGAUUACUGGAGCUGGAGUCAGAGGCCCACAGGGUCCACCUGGCCCUCCAGGACCACAGGGUGACCAUGGCUUCCCAGGACCUACUGGACUUACGGGUCCAAUAGGACCUCCUGGACACAAAGGAGAAUAUGGUUUCCCCGGGCGACCAGGGCGACCUGGUAUCCCAGGGAGAAAAGGUGACAGAGGAGAUUCUGUUGGCCUACCGACAGUGUUCCCGGUGCGCCCCAGACCGCAUUGCAAAAUGGGACGAGGGUCAAUGACAAGGGGACAUUCAGCGGGACCUAAAGGAGACAAAGGAGAUGAGGGAUUACCUGGGGAGCCAGGAACUCCUGGGCUCACAUUCCCAGAUGGAAAUGUGGGCACUAAAGGUGAUCAGGGAUACAAAGGUCAGAAGGGAGAACAAGGGGAUGCGGGCCUGCCUGGUCCUCCGGGGAUCCCAGGGAGGUCAGGCCUUGUGGGUCCGAAAGGCGAAUCCAUUGUUGGUCCAAUGGGUCCUACUGGUUCUCCUGGUCAGCCUGGACCUCCAGGAUUUGGACGGCCUGGACCUCAAGGUCCGCCUGGCCCUCCUGGCUAUAAGACAACCCACGCCCUCACCCAAGAGGCACACCAUGCUGCUGAAGGUACCGUGGCAUAUGUGUCUGAAAGGGGAGGCGAGCUGUACAUCAGAGCACGCAAUGGUUGGCACAAGAUCCAGCUCGGAGAGUUAAUCCAUUAUGAACCUUCAUCAGACACAUCUCAGUCCCUCAGCAGACCCGGAGAAUGGAGUAGAGCCCAUAGGAUACACAGCCAGGAGCUGCAGGAGGGAAGCCGAGGAUACCAGCACAGUUAUAACCUGCUACCACAGCAUUUCAAUGCAGUCUCUGGGCUUCAUCUCGUAGCGCUGAACGCCCCGCUCAGAGGAGAUAUGCGUGGCAUCCGCGGAGCAGACUUCCAGUGUUACCAACAGGCGCGCGCCGUGGGGCUCACCUCCACAUACAGAGCCUUCCUGUCAUCACACCUUCAGGACCUGGCAACCAUUGUCAGAAAGGCUGACCGCAAUGACAUGCCCGUGGUUAAUCUGAGGGCAGCUGCAAAGAACCAGCUAAACACCCAGCCAGAGAAGCUGGUUUGGCAUGGCUCCAGCACCACGGGCAUCCGCCUGACCACUAACUACUGCGAGGCCUGGAGGACAGCGGACAUGGCGGUGACGGGUCAGGUUGCCCUGCUGCAGACGGGACGACUGUUAGGGCAGCACGUGCGCUCCUGCUCCAACCACUAUGUAGUGCUGUGUAUAGAGAACACAUAUGUGGGCAACAUGCAUCAAAGGAGGAACUGAGCAAACAAACACACAUAAACACAUGCAGGCAUGAUCUAAGUAGAAGAUGUGACACGUGAAUGGGAAACACAUGCGGGCACAUAAUGAUGUACUUCAGCUCCCACAUGCAAACAUACCGAGAAACACUCCCACACUAACAUGCAUUCACAUUUAAAGAGGACUGAUCAUACUCAUUUCCAGCUCCAUAUUUUUUUAUUUUUGGACUGUGCUAGAGUAACUUUGCUUUAUUCACAAUUCAAAAUAACCCUUAUUUAUCUUAUACUGAGGAAGCACUUCACUGCAGCCACGUCCCUUCUAAGAAGUUUCUUCUGAUUGGCUGCCACUCAUAAACACCGAAUUCAGAAUUCAGUAGCAGGUGGGCGGGACUUUUACAUCACAGUCUGAACUGUGAUAUGACGAGAUCCUCUCAAAUUCAUUAAAAGGCCCAGAGACUGAACCUUUGCAUUAUUUGAAACUUUGGUCAUCCUUGUAACACUGUAACAACAAAAAUAUGAUCGAAUUAGGCUUAAAAAUAAGACAAAAAAGGAAGAGCAGUAGGUCCUCUUUAAGUUUUCUUUGUAUUGGUUUCAUGUUUAGUUCCCACUCGAAGCCGGAGUUAAGCCUGCGGGUCUUACAUGUCUGUCCAUGUCUAGAUUUUUCUUAGCCGUCUGCAUCAAACAGGCUACAGUUACCAUGCAUACAUUUGUCUGCAAGACCAAGUGAGAAUGAAGGGCUUCAAAUUAAAAUGAGGUCAUAAUCAUAUAUGUACUUUAUUGGAGAUUAAAAAACGUGUCAGUAUAUUUUUAAACAGCAGGGGCUGUCAAUUCAAAUAGUCAUAUUGAAACCGUGCUUUCAUUGUGCGCUACGUCUGAUGCUUUUAGUGAGCCUGUGCGUCAGCAGCAGGGCAGUGUAUGCGACAGUGAGUCAAAAUGAACCAAUGUGUGUUUGAGUUCACUGGUACCAAAGUUUCCCAAACACAUAAGCACAUUUGAAGCAUGUGGAAACAGCUGCACACACAUCUCUUAGACUUUAGUCACUAACUAAUGACUGAUGUGUCACCAGAAAAUGGCACGAGUGUUAAUUUCUUACAACCGGGGAUGAAUGACGGAUGAAUGGGGGAUUAGGCGAGCAGGGGAAAAACACUCAACAGACACUUCAUUAGAUAUACUGGUUAAACUAGUCAUUAAUCUCAUGGCAUUAACUCAGUGCCUUUAGGCAUGUAGACAUGGUCAACUGGACUUGAAGUUUAAAACAAACACCAAAAUGUGGAAGAAAGGUGAAAAAAGAAAGAAAGGUUUAAGUCUGGAUGUGGCACGGUUGUUGGUAUUUCAGAAACUGCUGAUCUACUGGAUUUUCAGGGUUUAGAGAGACAAGGGUUUAUGGGAAAUUAUGAUAGGUAGACACCAGUAACUCAAAUAGCUAUUUGUUACAAACAAAGGAUGUAGAAGAGCAUCUCUGAACACAUUGAAUGACGUUAAAGCAGAUUGGCUACAGCAGCAGAAGACCACACCCUCUGCUCCUCCUAUUGGCUAAGAACAGGAAUCUGAGGCUACAGUUCACACAGGCUCACAGUAGCCGGCUGGGAAAACGUUGCCUUGUCUGAUGAGUUUUGAUUUCUGCUUCAACAUUCAGAUGAUAGAGUCACAGGUAAUCUCAAACUGAUUCUUGAUGACUAUGAGUUCACCUGAUCCCAAUCUGGUAGAGCACCUUAGAAAUGUAGAAUGGGCGAUUCACAUUGUGGAGAUUUGCAGCAGCUCUGUCCAAACUUGUGUUGGUGAAGUGUAACUAAUGACGUGGAUUUGUUUUCCUUUUGGUCAACUGACUUCCACUGCUGCUGGGACUGAGGUUUACAGCUCUAUGAGGAUUUAGCCGACUGCACUCUGCGAUAUAUAAAAGCAGUGAUACUAACAAGGACAAUCAUUUUUAAAUUCGUCCUUGAUCUGUCACAGUGUAGCCUGUCGGAUAGCCUUUGUCCUUGUGUUUUCUUCCUUUUUUUAAAUUUAA